AUGUUUAAGCUUAUUUUUGCUGGUAACAAGGAGCUCGACCUUUUUUUUGUUGUGCUGUGGACACUAUGGAAUAGGAGAAAUAACUUGCGCUUGGGCAAACCUGCACUCUCACUCAGCCAGGUGGUUGAUUUUGCUCAAGAUCGAAUCCUAGAGAGAGCUUCUUGCAACGUGGUUUUUCAACAAUCCCGACCCCAUCAAGUGGCAGCUUGGAAGGCACCGAAUCAACAUGCCUAUAAAGUCAACUUCGAUGGCGUGAUUUUUGUAAAGGAAGGACUUGCUGGUUUGGGAGUAGUGAUCCGUAACGACCAAGGACUGAUCAUGACUUCACUAACUCAGCAAAUACCUUUGCCUGUUUCAGUUAUAGCUGUAGAAGUCUUGGCUGCAUGGAGAGCAUUGAAGCUUACACUUGAACUUGGCUUCGACAAAAUUACCCUUGAAGGGGACACUGAAGUAUUGAUCAAGUCUUUAGUCACGAGCUGCAACUCUCUCGCUCACUAUGGUCAUUUAACUGCAAAUAUUCAUAUUCUUGUGUCUCGAUUUUCAUCGCUUAGUUUAUCUCAUGUUAGGAGACAUUGUAAUAGAUUGGCACAUGCCUUAGCCCAACAAGCAUCCUCUACCCCUGAUAUGUCUGUUUGGAUGGAAAAAAUACCACCAGACCUUAACUUUGUAUACAUGGCUGAUGUGAAUGGCCUAAGCUAA